AUGGACUCAACUCUUGAUAGUCUUCUAGGACCAUCAGAAGUUGGUAGAACCGCUGAAGAUCCGAAAUCUACAGCAAUUAUUUACUUGGAAAAAAAUGGAAUUUUGAGGCUUAUGCAACCGUUUUGCUCUGUGAAGUUUAUGGACGUAAAAGUACCUCGUAUCUUGAGUUUUUAUGAGCAAACUACAAGCAAAUUAUUCAGAUAA